UAAUACAACGUAUCACCUCUCUUUUCAGUUGAAAUAACAUUCAUGAUAUAUUUUAACAUUUCUGGUGGUUCUGGUCUUAAAUGACGUAGAAAACUACGAUGAAAAGCGCGUUGUGGUUUGGUGUUUGAAGUGUACGAGACAGCGUUCGCAUAAUAUAGUUGUAUGACUUUCGGAUAGACAUUCGUAUUUAAAGUUUGGAUUAAUAUUGAUAAAAGCAAUCAAACGACGAUUUAUCGUGUUCAUUUUUAUCAAAUAAUAUGCAUUCAUGAUUUGUGUGAUUUCUAUAUAUGAUAGGAUAGAUUGGGAUGGUCCAAGUUACAACGUCUUAUUUACAUCUCUAUGAAUAUUUACGUGUUGUCAUGCACAUGUAUAUAAAGUCCAAGUGAUGUUUAAUCAUAUUGUUAAAUAAGUAAAUAACGGAAACGAUUAGUGCGCGAUUUGUUUUCAGUUCGCAUUAACAUUUUAUUACCCGAACAUACAAAUUCAUUUAACAAGAAUUUAGUGCGAUAGGUAUAUUUUUCAUACAUUGUACAUAAAACUGCUCUGCCUUUAAAAUAUACAAAAAGGAAUACUUUUUUUGCUUAAAAUGGCAAUUUACAUGGCAAGAAGUACAUCAAGCGUUUGGGGGAGCGCAUUGUCGCACGUGCAUGAUUUAAGCAGACGUUUUGCGUUUGAAACAAUAUCCGAACCAGAAUCGCGAUUAUCUUUGGAGAUCACGUCAAAAUCCGGACAAGCUGCGCAAAUUGCCGGAAGUCGAAAUGUCGUCUGCAAAACUCCCGCCGAGUAUAAAGCAAAUAAACUAAACAGAAAUGAGCAAACAAAACUGGAAAAUGUGACAUUCCGCGUUGUAAAAGAAAAAGAAAUAACACGACGGAAAUUUACGCAAAGUGAAAGAGUGUUGAGAGCAAAAAGUGCAAAAAUAACAAAACGGAUUCAAACUUUGGAGUCAUCAUCGGCAAUAGCAGGUCGACCAAGAUCUUAUGCUUACGAAAAACGUCCUCAAAGUGAACAUCUUUCAAGAAGAACGAAACCAUCAUUUCACUCAAGGACUUCGUCAGAUGUCCAGUCUGAUGAUAAACGAUGUAAAAUGUGCGAACGAAUUCAAAGUGUUAUUCAAACAUAUGAAAAAGAAGGCAAGCGAACGGGAAUUUUAGAUGGAACUGGUAACCAUUCAACAUGUUUAUUUUCAGACGUCCAAAUGAGAACCUUCGUUCAUAUGUUGGAGGCUAAAUAUUUCAGUGAUAUUCCAGACGUUAACAGCAAGUUGCGAGAAAGCGGAAUUCUUUCACGCUUAGAUCGACCAAAAAACGAUGCAAAAUUAUCAAGGGAAAAUAUAAAUAACAAUAUUGCAAAAAGAAAUGUUGAAAAACGUAUACACAAUUUUUGUAUUGAAUUAGAACGUUACAAGGAUACAAAAGUUGGUAUAAGAAUUCCGAAAGAAGUUCAAGAAAACGCGGAAAAAAUAAGACAUGAAAAUGCUGUUCUGUACCUGCGACAAACUCCAUCUAAGCAAGAACAAAUAAGAAGAGAGGUGGCGGAGAUGCUCGGCCUUUGAUUGUUAACCGUGGUUCACUUUCACACUAACCGGAUCAUAAUCGUCGUAUGAUAUUUCAGUUUUGAGUAAGAAAAUAUCCAUUUCUGUGCAUGAAUAAUUUGAGAGGAUGCUUGUUUGUGACAAUCUUGAAUUCUUGAUACCAUUAAUAUGUGACAUUUACAGUAUGGUUAGUCUUGUUGCGAUGAGCGAACAAACGCUAAUAAACUAUAGGUUGUUUUGAUAGUUCAUGAAACAUAACAUGUGCGUGAAUAUAGUUCAUAUAGAGCAUACAUGAAGUUUAUAUAUAAAUAAUUCAUAUACAAGUAACAUACGAUAUAUGCAUACAUAUAUGCAUAAAUUAUGUUAUAAAUAAGAUAAAAGAUUUUUUGUCUGUUUAUAUUUCCCAUAUAUUUGUGAAAAGUUAAAUACAAUCAAAUAUGAUUUUUGUAUCAAUAUUUGUCCGUUUUUGUAUAGUUAAGAAUAGUUUACCUUUUAUUUGACUUGUGUAAACACUUUAGCAUUUCAUGUUCCCUUGUGUAUGGAUAGUAAAGUAAACACUGUACGUGA